CGGCGAGAUCCCCGAGCCCCGGCGGCUGGUGCUGGGAGCCCGGAGCCCGGAGCCCGGGCUGCAGCCGGGAGAGGGGAACCUCCCGCCGGGCCCUGCCCGCUGCUCCCCGGGAGCCUCUCCCAGGGCAGAGCCCCCAGCCCGGCCAGGGCCCCUUCCCGGCCCGGCCCCUGCCCCGGGGGCCCCGCUCGGAGGGAAGGCUGAGGAAUCAGGUCCACGUUUCACCAAAGAUCGGCCAGUCUUUCAGGGGACAGAGAAGGGAAAUGGCUGUGUUGGAGCCAGCUCAGAUGCUGGUGACCUUCGAGGAGGUGGCUAUUUAUUUCACCCAGGGGCAGGGGGCUCUGCUGGACCCCGCUCAGAGAGCCCUCUACAGGGACGUCAUGCAGGAGAACUACGAGACGGUGACCUCGCUAGGAUUUCCCAUUCCCAAACCUGAGCUUAUCGCCCGGCUGGAACGAGGGGAAGAGCUGUGGGUGUCCGAUCUCCAGGAUUUCAAGGACAGAAGACUUCGGAGAUGCACCAGCACAGGUGCUGAGCGAGCGAGUGAGAAGAAGGAGGGGAAUCAUCAUGAGGCAGCUCCUGGGGAAGUGGAACCACAGGGGACCUUUUUGGGAAGAGCUGAAGGGAAUUCUUCCCAUUGCUGGAAUCAGGGAGAAGCCUGGGGAAAUUGGCACAGGUCAGAGAGGCUUCUGAUAAACCAACCCAGGAAGAAAGUGGAUGAAUCUCUUAACGGUGGGGGAGGAGACGAGAAUCCCAGAGAGCAGCAGACAAAUCCCAAGGAAGAGACACCCUGGCACUGCCUUGAGUGUGGGAAAGGAUUCAUUGUGAGAUCACAACUUGUUACACAUCAGACAGUCCAUAUGGGAGAGAAACCAUUUCAAUGCUUGGACAGUGGGGAAAGCUUCAGUAAGCUCAGAGAUCUUAAUAACCAUGGGAGAAGCCACACUGUAGACAAGCCCAUUCAAUGCGUUGAAUGCGGGAAAUGUUUCAGUUCAAAGUCAGCACUAAAUUCACAGGAGAAAAGCCACACAGGAGAGAGACCCCACAAGUGCUUGGACUGUGGGAAAAGUUUCAAGCAGAAAUCAGUCCUUGUUAGUCAUCAGGCAAUCCACACAGGAGAGAGACCCCACAAGUGCUUGGACUGUGGGAAAAGUUUCAUACGAAGGUCAACACUUGUUCAACAUCAGGUAAUCCACACAGGAAAGAGACCCCAUAAGUGCUUGGAGUGUGGGAAAAGUUUUACAUGGAGGUCAGACCUUGUUAUUCAUGAGGCAAUCCACACAGGAGAGAGACCCCAUAAAUGCUUGGAUUGUGGGAAAAGUUUCAUAAAGAGGUCACACCUUGUUAAACAUAACGCAAUCCACACAGGAGAGAGACCCCAUAAAUGCUUGGAUUGUGGGAAAAGUUUCAUACACAGGUCAGACAUUGUUAGACAUCAGGCAAUCCACACAGGAGCAAGACCCCACAAGUGCUUGCACUGUGGGAAAAGUUUCAAGCGGAAAUCAGACAUUGUAACUCAUCAGGCAAUCCACACAGGAGAGAGACCCCACAAGUGCUUGGACUGUGGGAAAAGUUUCACAGCAAGGUCAAACCUUCUUAAACAUAAAACAAUUCACAAAGGAGAAAGAUCCCAUAAGUGCUUGGACUGUGGGAAAAGUUUCACUUCAAGAUCAGCCCUUGGUUAUCAUCAGAAAAGCCACACAGGAGAGAGACCCCACAAGUGCUUUGACUGUGGGAAAAGUUUCAAGCUGAAAUCAGUCCUUGUUAGUCAUCAGGCAAUCCACACAGGAGAGAGACCCCACAAGUGCUUUGACUGUGGGAAAAGUUUCAAGCAGAGGUCAGUACUUGUAAAACAUCGGGCAGUCCACACAGGAGAGAGACCCCACAAGUGCUUUGAUUGUGGGAAACGUUUCAAGCAGAGGUCACACCUUGUUAAACAUCAGGCAAUCCACACAGGAGAAAGACCCCACAAGUGCUUGGACUGUGGGAAAAGUUUCAGAUGGAGGUCAGACCUUGUUAUUCAUCAGGCAAUCCACACAGGAGCAAGACCCCACAAGUGCUUGCACUGUGGGAAAAGUUUCAAGCGGAAAUCAGGCCUUGUUAGUCAUCAGGCAAUCCACACAGGAGAGAGACCCCAUAAAUGCUUGGACUGUGGGAAAAGUUUCACAGAGAGGUCAACCCUUGUUAAACAUCAGGCAAUCCACACAGGAGAAAGACCCCACAAGUGCUUGGACUGUGGAAAAAGUUUCACUUGGAAAUCAGCCCUUCGUAAUCAUCAGAAAAUCCAUACAGGAGAGAGACCCCAUAAAUGCUUGGAGUGUGGGAAAAGUUUCACAGAGAGGUCAACCCUUGUUAAACAUCAGGCAAUCCACACAGGAGAAAGAUCCCAUAAGUGCUUGGACUGUGGGAAAAGUUUCAAGCGGAAGUCACACUUUGUUAAUCAUCAGGCAAUCCACACAAGAGGAAGACCCCAUAAGUGCUUGGACUGUGGGAAAAGUUUCACAUGGCGGUCACACCUUGUUAAUCAUCAGGCAAUCCACACAGGAGAAAGACCCCACAAGUGCUUGGACUGUGGGAAAAGUUUCACUUGGAAAUCAGCCCUUGGUUAUCAUCAGAAAAUCCAUACAGGAGAGAGACCCCACAAGUGCUUGGACUGUGGGAAAAGUUUCAUACGGACGUCAGACCUCGUUAAACAUGGAAGAAUCCACACAAGAUGUAAACUUCUGUGACGCAUGGCAAGAAAGGGUUAAGCAACUUGUAUGUAAUUGACUCAGAUUCAACUUUUAGAGAGAGAUUUUAAAAGUGUUUCCACCUUCAUGAAGCUAGAGUUUGAAAUGAAAACAUUUUAAAGACUUGGAAGAGGCGUAACUGUAGUGAUCUAUGUUUAGCUAUAUCUUUUUAGAGGUUAAUAAUUUAUGCAAAGGGUUCCUGUAUUCUGCUAAUUUAGUGAUUAUACCCAUCGCCCCUGUCACCUGCCCAAUUCCAGCUCACUCUCCUUGAAAUCACUGGGGUUAGGGGCUGAAGGAUGGAGGGAAUGUUUAUAGCUGAAAUCACCGAAAUGUGUUUUGCAAGGUGGCCAUAUAUGUGCUUGUGAGAGCGGGGCGUAAAUGACCACACAUACAAAGAAGGUGGGGCCAAUGAAACACAUUUGAGAACCACUGGUCUACACUCUUAUGGUCACCACGAUUACAAAAGGAUAAAUCUUUUCCAAAGUAUGUCUCGUGAAGUAUCAUAGGGAAAGUUAUCAUGUGCUGAAUAUUAUUGUCCUGUUAAACUGUGUCUCUCAGCGCUGUCCAUGGAGCUCUGAGAGUUUGCUGUAUGUUUGUUACAUGCUGGAAAGCUGGAAAACGCCCAAAGACUAACUCUUCAGAGACAAUGGUACCUGCAGACCAGCUAGGUGCUAAGUGGCCAUUAAUUGCUUAGCCGGCCAUUCACCCGCUGUGGAGCUGUGAACAAGAGAGUUACAAUUCACCAGAAGGAGGGCUGGACGCUCACUUUGGCCACAGACUGAUUGUUGCCGGCCCCCUGGCUGGAGCUUGAACCUCAAAGAGGAGAAUGGUAUAAAAGCAGAAGGGAGAAUUGCCUCCAUUUUCACCACUCCUCUCCCAUCUUUACAGAAGUCAAGGUUAUGCCUUGAAAGGCCACAGGGGCCUUGGACUGGAGAGGACGCACCAAGGCGGGAAGGAAAUCUGUCCUGGGUACUAAGAACUAACUAGUUUUGACCUUUCACAUCUUUCUCCCUUGUGAUCCCUGAAAACCUCCUUUUUUCAGUUAAUAAACUGAUUUUAGUGUUUUGUCUGGA